GUUUCGCGCCAAUUGUAAACACGUGAACAAAACAAAAGAUGGCAGGGUUCGACGAAGGUGGUGUAUUUUUCAGCGAUAACUUUGCAUCUGAGGAGCAAACUGAUGAAAAUCAAAUCAACAGACAACAAGUGAAGAAACGUUUAAAGGACUUUAUCCGUCAAUUUCACGAAGGAAACUUCUCAUACACAUACAGGGACCAGUUGAAACGUAACUACAACUUGGGACAGCAUUGGUUGGAUGUCGAAAUUGAAGAUGUGUCCAGCUUUGACGAAGCACUAGCAGAGAAGUUAUCAAAAAUUCCUUCAGAGCACCUACCUUUGUUUGAAGAUGCAGCCAAAGAAGUUGCUGAUGAGGUCACACGUCCCCGCCCCGAAGGAGAGGAAGACGUUCAUGAUAUACAAGUCAUGCUGUCUUCUAAUGCCAAUCCCUGCGGGCUUAGAGAGCUCAAGUCGGAACAAAUGGCAAGGUUGGUGAAGAUUCCUGGUAUAGUCAUAGCGGCAUCGGCAAUCAAAGCUAAAGCGACCAAACUGACAAUUCAGUGCAGGAGCUGCAAGAACACGCUGAAUAACAUUCCUGUGAACCCAGGUCUGGAAGGAUACGCACUGCCAAGAAAAUGCAACACUGAGCAAGCAGGGAGACCUAAGUGUCCAAUUGACCCAUUUUACAUUGUUCCAGACAAAUGUAAGUGUGUGGAUUUCCAGGUCCUCAAACUCCAGGAAGCCCCGGAGGCUGUUCCCAAUGGAGAAAUGCCCAGACACAUGCAGCUCUACUGCGACAGGUACAUGUGUGAUAAAGUUGUACCGGGCAACAGAGUGACUGUGGUUGGAAUAUACUCCAUUAAAAAGACAGGCAAGCCAACUAAAGGAGCUGGCAGGGAGAAAGUGAAUGUUGGAAUCAGGAGCCCGUACUUCAGGGUCCUUGGUAUCAAGGUGGACAGCGAUGGGACAGGUAGAGGAGGCUCGACCCCCAUCACCCCAGGAGAUGAGGAAGAGUUCAGAAGAAUGGCCAAUGACCCCAACAUCUAUGAAACCAUAGCCAAAAGCAUUGCACCAUCCAUUUAUGGAAGCCUUGAUAUCAAGAAAGCAAUCUCUUGUCUUCUGUUUGGUGGAUCAAGAAAAAGAAUGCCAGAUGGUUUGAUGAGGAGGGGAGAUGUCAACCUUCUUAUGUUGGGUGACCCUGGUACAGCCAAAUCUCAGCUGCUAAAGUUUGUUGAGCGGUGUUCCCCUAUUGGUGUGUACACUUCUGGCAAGGGCAGCAGUGCUGCUGGUCUGACAGCAUCAGUCAUUAGGGACCCGCAAACAAGGAACUUUGUGAUGGAAGGAGGUGCGAUGGUGCUGGCUGAUGGAGGGGUGGUGUGUAUUGACGAAUUUGACAAGAUGAGAGAAGACGACAGGGUAGCCAUUCACGAAGCCAUGGAACAACAGACCAUAUCUAUUGCUAAGGCUGGAAUCACAACCACCUUGAAUUCAAGAUGUUCUGUGCUGGCUGCUGCAAACAGUGUGUAUGGUCGCUGGGAUGAGACAAAGGGAGAGGAGAAUAUAGACUUCAUGCCCACCAUUCUCUCUCGUUUUGACAUGAUAUUUAUUGUGAAAGAUGAACACAACGAGUCAAGAGACAUGACCCUAGCAAAACAUGUGAUGAAUGUACAUCUGAAUGCUCUCCAAAUGACAGAAGAACAAGCUGAAGGAGAAAUUGACUUAAAUACACUGAAGAAGUACAUUCAGUACUGUAGAUCUAAAUGUGGUCCUAGGCUUUCUCCAGAAGCUGCAGAAAAGCUGAAGAACAGAUAUGUUUUGAUGAGGAAUGGAGCUGGUGAAUAUGAAAGAGAAACUGGCAAGAAAAUAACCAUCCCUAUCACAGUCAGACAAUUAGAGGCCAUCAUUAGAAUGUCGGAAUCUCUGGCCAAGAUGAAGUUGAAACCCUUUGCGUCUGAGAGGGAGGUAGACGAGGCACUGAGAUUGUUUCAGGUGUCAACACUAGAUGCUGCCAUGUCAGGAAAUCUUUCGGGUGUGGAAGGGUUUACAACUGAGGAAGAUCAGGAAUUGUUGUCAAGAAUAGAAAAGCAGAUCAAGAGGCGGUUCAUCAUUGGAUCUCAGGUCUCGGAACACGCCAUCAUACAGGACUUUACAAGACAGAAAUACCCAGAAAGAUCAAUUCAGAAAGUGCUGCAUUUCAUGUUGAGAAGAGGUGAGAUUCAGCACCGUAUGCAGAGGAAGAUGUUGUACCGUGUGAAAUAAGACGGCUUAGUGGCUGUGAAAGGGACAUAGUUAUUGUUCACACAAAGGGAUAUCAAAACCCUUUAAAGGUGUAAAAAUUAAAACUUGGAUCAGAUGGAAAUAUGACUUGAUUAUAUGUUUAUAUACAUGUAGUGACAAUGAUGAUGAUAAAUUAUUUGUAUUAUACGCAUCAUGUAAAAAUUUGCAUGUCAGAGGUCAAUGUAUUAAAAGGUUACCCUGGAAAA